AUGACUGGCCUACCCGUAAUACGUUACGCUCGUCAAGAAGACGUUACGCUCAUCCUGCGUUUUAUUAGAGCUGCAGCGGAGGAGCAGUUACCUGGAGCUGAGGUUACUGCUACAGAAGAACGGCUUGCUAGCACACUACAUUUUGGACCACCUACAAACGCCCCUCUUCCACCAACACGACUUGCGAGGGCACUACUGCUCUUCUCAAGCAAUGCGGAACCAGCAGGCCUGUUGGUAUUCUUCUACAAUUACUCGACGUGGGCAGCGGCUCCUGGUAUUUGUCUGGAGGAACUGUACGUCGUGCCAGACUACCGGCAGCAUGGGUAUGGACAGAUGCUGAUACAGGCCAUGGCCUGCGCUGCUGAAGCUGCUGGCUGUAUCAAGAUGGACUGGGUGUGCCUCAAGGACAAUGAAAAGGCGCUGUGCUUCUAUGAUAAGGUAGAAGCAAAGAGGAUAGACAAAUGGCAUGUAUUAAAGGUCGAUAGUGAGGGCAUACGUCGUUUAGCGAUUAAUGAAACAUGGGACUGGGCUUGA